CAUGCACAUCUCUUUGUUUUGUAAAAGUAGCAUAUCAAUCUACAUUCAUCUCCACUGCAAAACAAUGUGAUGGAAGCAUUACAGCACUUUUUUUCUUUCUGUAUUUUAAUUGUUUGUUACUUUAAUCUUCAUCUCAUAAGCACUAAUGGAAAAAUAUAAACCAGGCCAUGUGAGCGCCUCAUCUUGCCCUGCAGUUCAUUGUUUCCGCCUGCAGGGGGCGCGGAGCAGCCCUCCAGGUGUCCGUGACGUCACCCGGGCUGAAGGUGGUUUUUCGCUUGAGAGUCUCCAGGAUUCCUCAGUCAGAGAGGAGCAGCAGAGGGAGAGACGACUGGACGGCUGCAGCACACACAGGGGAAAAAAAUAAUAAGAAUUGUUUCUCGGCUGUGGAUGAACGUUCCUCCCAGCAUUUUAUCAGGUCAUCAACUAGUCCCGCCUGCCUGUGAGGAGCUGCAAGUGAGAAGGGAUUAAAUCAGGAAUCUGCCACCUCUCCUCAGUGGGUGCGAAUUCUUGGUUCGAAUCAUGGGGAACCAGCUGACUGAUAUUGCCCCCAACACAUCGUUCCUGCCAAGCUUCCAGUGUCUUCACGUGGUGGUGAUCGGUCUGGACUCGGCUGGGAAGACCUCCCUGCUCUACAGGCUUAAACUGAAGGAGUUUGUGAAAACCAUCCCCACCAAGGGCUUCAACACAGAGAAGAUCAAGGUGGCAGUGGGAGCGUCCCGGACCACAAACUUCCAGGUCUGGGAUGUGGGCGGCCAGGAGAAACUCCGGCCCCUGUGGAAGUCCUACACCCGUCGAACGGACGGGAUAGUGUUUGUCGUGGACUCCACCGAACUGGAGCGUCUGGAGGAGGCUAAGGUGGAACUCCAUAAGAUCACCCGCACCUCCGAGAACCAGGGGGUGCCGGUGCUGAUCCUGGCCAACAAACAGGACCUGGACUCAGCCUUGUCCGUUGGCGAGGUGGAGAAGCUGCUGGCCGUGCACGAACUCGGCAUCUACACGCUGUACCAAGUGCAGGGCUGCAGCGCUGUGGACGGCCAGGGGCUGCAAACGGGCCUGGAGAAACUCUACGAGAUGAUCCUGAAGCGGAAGAAGACGGUGAAACACAGUCGAAAUAGGAAGAGAUGAACUCUCUCCUCAGGGAUUGUUGACAUUACCCCCAAGGAGAUGCUCUCAGUGUUGGGACACUUCCAGGCUUAAUGAGCCCCUUAUUUUUCCGAAGGAGAGCAAUUUGUGCCAACAGAGUAAGACCAUUUACAAACUGUCUUUCAGGGAUCAGCAGAAAUGGACUUGCUCAUAACACCGAAGCAGUAUUGACUUUCUUGGUGGUGCAGUCGCUGAAAGCCGAGCUUAAUGAUUUGACAUUGACAGCAGUUAGUCAUCACUAAGUGCUUGUUUAUGCCAGAUUUAAAGACGAUUUCCAACAAGAACCAACACAUUUAUAUGGCAGGAUUCUGGUGAAGAAAACCAUCACUGGCUUUCAUGGAAAGGCUGUUUUUUAUCCUCUCUGAAAUAUUUAUUCAGUGCUUAAGUGUGCGUGCUGGACAGAAGGCAGAUGUUCCCUAAUAAUGCGACAUGAAGCAGUGUUUUGUGGUUUCACAGUAUUAAUAAUUCACCUAAAGAAAGCACAUUCCUGUUAUCAGCACAUGCAGAUGUUAAGUUUCAGCUGCUUUGAUUCAAGUGUUUAUAAAAACUGUACAUUUUUGUAAAUUUGGAGACUGAAUAAAUUCUAAGAGCCGUAUGAAAAAAUGUGCUAUCACCAUUUCGUUUUUAGGUGACCAUAAAUGAUUUAUUUAAAAUCAAAAGCUCACACAAGCAAGAUUAUUUUUCAAAAGCUCUUCAAGUAAGUCAAUUCUUCUGCUAUAGAGGGUGCGUGUAAGGUUACUGUGAUUGCAGCAGAGCACAAAGAAACUAAUGAAAUGGAUAUUUCCCUCCGGGGUUAACUUGAUCUGAAGGAGUCUCUACGAAACUGCAGCUAACAAGAAAUACAUGCUGUUCUUUCACUAUAUUCACAAAAUGUGCGCCCAAUGACCAUUUAGCCCUUAAAGCCCUUAAAGCCCUGAAUUAUGGCCGUUUUUACUAUUUGUGGUGCAGUAAACGAGGCCAUCACAGGGACAACUGUGCCCUUCCCUUCCCCCACUGGAGACGAAACAAUCCGUUUAGUUUGAUUCCCACCUUCUGUUGUCUGCUCACUGCUGCAACUAAUUGUUGCAGUUUCAAAUCUGUUGCUGUAUUUUGCUUUUAUUGUCACGUUAAUGUGCACCACCCAGGGCUGUUUUUUUGCAUUCAAAGAAAAUAGGUUAUUCUGAGUAAAUAAAUUAACUGCAGUUAACUUUUUGGUUGUUAAAGAUGCUUUUUUUUUCACUUCUAAUGACUGGGGUUUAUGAUGAAAAAAGUACUGGGUGUUAAAGUAUCAGACUAGCUAUUUCAAAGUAGUGUUACUCAAACCUUUUAAAGAUUUGAGAACACCUUUCCUAGAACCAAAUCAGGACCCCCUUUUCUGCUGCGCAAUGUCUUACUGUAUGUAUUAUUAUUAUUAUUAUUUUUUUUAAUUACAAAUAAAUAUCUGAAAAGUGCAAAAUCCUUUUGCAUUGAGCCUCCCUACAGACCUUCUCUGUUAAAAAGUUAGGUUGCAUGUGGAGCAUUUGCGACCCUCAGCUUUCAUGCCCUGCCUCUGCAGUGCCAACCAAAUCAAUUGGAUUUUUGUUGGCACUUAUAGGACGCUAUCACCUUCCUUCCACUUCACAAGUACACACUAUAUUGUGUUUGCCUACCUCAUAAAAUUCCAAAUACAUUGAUGUCCCUGGUUGUUAUGUCACAAAAUGUGGAAAUAAAUUCAAACUUAUGGUUUCAGGGGAUUUAAAGCGGCGUUUCUUUGGGAAAAUGAGUCACAUUUUUCAAUGGUGAAGUCCCUCAUUAGAGCUGCAGAGAGUUAUAAACCAGUCAAGGUAAAAUGCAUAUUAGAAAUUUUGAGACUGUGUGUAGAAGGAUAGAGGCCGAAAGGACCCACCCAGUAAGUUGUUGUCAACUUGAGAAAUGUUGGAAUAACAUGAAUCAAGGUGUGAACGGGAGUGAAACCAGAUGAGCAAAGAUGAAAGGGCAGCGUGCUGGUAGCUGCUGCCUGGGGCCGUCACCUCGGCCUGAUGGUGGUCCGUCCACGCUGGUUCAGAAUACCAGGAGAAAAAUGUAUCAACGGCUUCAGAGAUUCACAGAGAGUGAUUUUUAAAGGGGAUGUGAGUGUUAUGAAACUCACUUUUCAUGAGGAAAAAACACAGAACAGUACCCCUUACUGCUUGCUUUACACUCCUGUGCACUAAUGGGUUUCUGAAUGCCACAUUUCUCAUUUGAUGUCACACAAAGACACUGGUAUUUGUAGCAGGUCUGAAACUGCAUUCAGAGAUGGGAUGUCUAG